AUGCGGCUGGUAUUGGACUUUCGCAAAUUGAACGAGAGGACAAUAGCUGAUCGCUAUCCCAUGCCAAAUAUCUCUAUGAUACUAGGGAGUUUAGGCAGUGCCAGGAACUUCACAACGCUCGAUUUGAAAUUAGUGAAAUCCAAGAGGAGACUAGGCAACAAGUUCUCACCGUUAAGCGAGGAGAAAACUGUGGAAGCGGACAUGGUGGUGGGCUACCCAAAUUUUAUAAAACACUACAAUAAAUCCAAAAUUAACCUGCUCACUUCCAUUCCUCUGCUAUUCAUUUUGAUCCUAACAUCGGCACACGUCACAGACUACUCGCAGGCCAAGUACAUUCCCAUCAUUGAUAGACGAAUUUUAAUUCGCAUUCGUGAGACACUCAGCGAAUCUCUCAGAGUAUAG